CCCCACCACCACCAACAACAUCAACAGCAUCAAUUUUCCCGGAAGGUGUUCCAAACGGCUGGCUGAUCCAAUGCAUACACGGCUGUGUACUUUGUGCUGUGGAACAGCGAUACGGAAGCCCGGAAAACCCUCCAAUGUCUCUUCGGACGCUACCUCCUUCAUGAGCCUCGCACGUUGCCAAGGGAAGACGCCAUACAGAUGACGAAAGUGCUCGUCGAUAUCGUGCAACACGAAAAUAUGCAGUGGUUCGGUUGUGUCUAGUAAUACAUGGCAUGGUUUGGUUUGGUAUCAGGUAGGGCAGACGGGACGGUAGGUGAAUAGAAACUCUCCUUCCAUUUCGUUGUCGCCGUCUUCUCGGUAUCUCCAGAUCGUACCUUCUCGCAGCCAACUACCACGAAGCUUCGCACAGAAACCAUAAACCCAAAAUCGCUUCCUUCGAGAGCAUGGCCUAAAACUCAGCAUCUGCGACUUGCGUAAUGUGUGCACAGCGUCAUGGACGACAACAGUCUCCUAUUCAACAUUUGUGCCUUCAUCGCCAGCCUCUUCCUCCUCCAAACAGGCGCGUUUCUCUUCACAGUCAACACGGCCACCAUUGCACGGCGAUGUGGAAUACCUGAGAUGUUGAUAGCUUUGCUUACAGAUGGGGCGGAAUGGGAAGAGCUCGCAAUCGUCGCAGCCUCGAUUGUACAACAGCGCCCUUCUCUCGGACUUGGAAACGUCAUUGGAUCAAGCAUAUCUAAUGUGAUGGGCGCAUUUGCGCUUGGCCUCCUAUUCAACAGAAGCUCGAUCAUCUUCGACCUCAGCGCGAAGAUAUAUUCUGGGGCAUUGUUCGUGGUAUCGACGAUAUUCAUGCUACUUGCAUUCACCGGACUGUUGGAUUUGGCCGGGGGCAUAUUCUUCAUGGUUGGAUGCGCUGUAUAUGUCGUGUCGAUCUGUUCGGCCAUAUAUGAUGGGAUUCUGGCUCCUACCCCAGAAGAAUUGGGGGCGGAGGACAUUGGAGACCUGCCACUACCUACUCCAAGUACCGAUCACCAAGACUUGCAUGUCUCUAUAUACCCGUCCGUAAUGCAAUGCCACCCAACCGAAGCUGCCCCCCUAUUGCUUACAUACUCUCCUCAUACAGUUGCAGCAGAUCCACGGCACACAAGAAUUGACUACCAUGUCAUACUCGUCCUUGUCGGCGUCGCUGCUCUACUCAUUGCUGCGUAUGCUCUCGUACAAUCGGCGGCAUCACUUGCAAGCUCAUUCCAUAUCUCCAACACUCUCAUCGGUGUCACUUUGGUGUCCAUGUCAACUACUUUACCAGAGAAAAUCGUCGCCGUUAUCCACAGCUGGCAAAACCAUGCCGCUGUCAUGACAGCCACAACAGCAGGCUCGAAUAUGUUUCUCUUGACGCUUUGCAUUGGGAUUGUCUUCGUUGGCGGAAGCCAAGGUGACAUUGAUAAUGAUUUCGGAGACCCGCCAAGCCUCGGAACAGGUUUGCUCACUGAUAAUCUCGUUGCCUUCGAGGUCUGGACCGUUUGGGCUUGUUCAAUCUUGCUGAUGAUUGUCACAUGGACUGGAGGCAGAAGAUGGCUUGGAGGUUUGCUAUUUGGUCUGUACACUGCAUUCAUUGGCGUCGAGUUGACAUUCUUUAAGAGGUAAGGAGUGGCAGUCCAACCCCAAUCGGAUAUACCUGUAGAAGCUCGGGAAUUCAAAGCAAGCCCUGAAAGCACUUCC